CUUUAUUCUUUUCAUUUCACGGGUUUCAUCUCCCCACCACCACCAUAACCACCGCCACCUCCUGCUUCCUUAUGUUCACGUUCACAAUUCACCAUUCACCAUUCUACUUCAAUAACUUGAAAACAAUCAAAAUUAGAUGGAAAGCGAUGCUUUGGACGUAAUUAAAUUAUUAAAAUAUUCGACACUGAGUACUCAACAUGCAACUGUACCUAUAUUAUAGAUCCAUACAGUCCCCUCUAAAUCACACCUCCCAUAUCAUCUCUCUCUGUAUCUCCUACAUUUCAUAGAAUGAAAUUUGAAGAACUCAUCAUGCAGGAGACUCGUGAGAAGCAAAAAACAAUGCAACUUCAGGAAGAGGUUGAUCAACUUGAAGCAGAAUUAGAAGAUGAACUAAAACUGAGCAAAACCUUGCAGUAUGCAUUAGAUGGCCCUAUUCACCCUUGUUUCUCUACACACCUUCCCUUUAAGAUAAAAGAACUGUUGACUGAACUUGCUACAGUGGAAGAAGAAAUCAUGUGGCUGGAGAGGAAAGUGAACAAGUUGAACCUGAGUUUGUACUUGGAGAAAAAAGAAACCAGGGAAUGGGAGUUCCGGCAGCUAAGAGACCUCCAUCCACAAUCACACAGCCACCACCACCGACCACGAAAGCACACACUUCGAAGACAACAAAAUCGGGCCAAAUUCAUGAGUUAUGAAUUACAAGAUUAUGAUUCAAAGAAAAGCUUUCCACUAGUAAAACAGAGAAGAUCCUUCCAUGGUUCUUCUAUUGACAUCAAACAUGCUAAACUUCAACUUUCGGUUUUGCGAACAGACGAUAUCACUAAAAAUCCAAACAAGUUGUCGGAAGAUCUAAUCAAGUGUUUAAUAGGGAUAUUUCUGGAACUGAAUCAGCCAUUGAUGGACAGUGAAGAAGGAUCGGAUAUUGUACCAAAGCAUAUCUCAUGUAUGAAUUCAAAAAGCUUCAUCUCUAAAACAACCUUCAAUUGUACUUGUACACCACCAACCUUCUUCUUCAACAAUAACGCUUCAAAUCUCGACCCUUAUGCCACAUUACUUGAUUCCGAUUGCACAAUCAGAGACAUCGGUCCUUACAAGACUUUCACUCAAAUCACACGUAACACCUUGGACCAUACUCGCAUUUCUGAAUGCUCCAAAGAAGUCGGAAAACUCAGAAUUUUGAUGCAGAAACUCUGCAAUGUUAAACUGAAUCUGCUGACAUACAAGCAGAAGUUAGCUUUCUGGAUCAACAUAUACAACGCCUGCAUAAUGCAUGCGUUUCUUCAACAUGGAUUGCCCUCAACACAGGAGAAACUACUGGUUCUUAUGAACAAGGCAGUAAUCAACGUCGGUGGCAUUGUAGUAAAUGCAUUGGGAAUCGAACACUUCAUUCUCCGGUAUCCAUCCAGCUCCGGUCAUGGUCCAGCAAACGAGAGGGAAAUGUUACUCCGACAGACCUACGGACUGGGGUUCCCGGAACCCAAUGUGAGCUUUGGUCUUUGCAGAGGGAGCUGGUCUUCGCCGGCGCUUAGGGUUUAUACGGCGGAGGAUAUAGUGAACGAAUUGGCAAGAGCGAGGGUGGAGUAUCUAGAAGCUUCGGUAGGGGUUGUAAGCAAGAAGAAGAUGAUUAUGAUACCGAAGCUUCUGCAAUGGCAUAUAAAGGAUUUUGCGGAUGACAUGGAGUCGCUUCUGGAAUGGAUUUAUAGCGAGUUGCCGCAGUCAGGGACUGGGUCGCUGAAAAGGUUGAUAAUGGAGUGUUUGAAUGGUGACACCAAAUCCAGUCCGGCCAAAAUGAUAGAGAUUCAGCCGUAUGUUUAUGAAUUCCGAUACUUGUUGCCACGACAUGAAAUUGGAAGCGAUGAAAAGGGCUUAACAUCUUGUUAGGUUAAAGAGAGAGGAACACCAUGUAUUAUUCUUCAAUCUUUACACUCUUGUUAAAACUUUAGUAAUUAUAUUGUAUAAUAGAAGGUCUACAACUACAAUCUAAUAUAUUUUACUUUGUUUUUAAACCGUUUAUGUAUUUUAUUAUAGGUUUGUUUGUUAGGUUGUUUGAUAGCUGCUGAUUCGCUGACUGAAUCAGAGCCCAAAACUCUUACCGGGUAAGGUAAGGGUUUGAAGUCAGAGCCCUGAUUUAAAUUAAUAUGUAAAAUGGUUUGAAACCUGGU